UAGUUUCGUUUCUCUCUUCCUGUGUCAGCCAUGGCUUCUGCUGCUCUGAGAGACGAAGUGGACUGUUCCAUCUGUCUGGACACUUAUACAGAUCCUGUAAUGCUGAGAUGUGGACACAACUUCUGCCGGGUCUGUAUUGAUCAGUUCCUGGAUACACAGGAGGGGUCUGGAGUUUAUUCCUGUCCUGAAUGCAGAGAAGAGUUUCAGGAUCGGCCUGCACUGAUGAGGAACAUCGCUCUGAGGAACAUAAUAGAGAACUUCCUGCUUACUGAACAAAGAAGGACAGAAACCGGGAUCUUCUGCACUUACUGUGUGCACUCCACUGUACCUGCUGUGAAGUCCUGUCUGCUGUGUGAGGCUUCUCUGUGUGACGAUCACCUGAGAACUCACAACAAGUCACCAGAACACGUCUUAUCUGAGCCCAGAACUUCUCUGGAGAACAAGAAAUUUUCUGUCCAUAAGGAGGUCCUGGAAUAUUACUGCACUGAGGACGCUGCUUGUAACUGUGUGUCCUGUCUGAUCGGUGAACACAAUGGACAUAAGAUGGGGUCACUAGAUCAGGCCUCUAAAAACAAGAAGGAGAAACUGAGGAAUAUUCUCCAAAAAAUGACCAUAAAGAGAAAGGAGACUGAGGAGAGAGUCCAGAGUCUGGAGGAGCGCAGGAGAAAAGCUCAAGAAAAAGCAGCUGUAGAAGUGGAGAGAGUCACUGCCCUGGUUACAGACAUGAGGAGACGGCUGGACGACCUGGAGAAGAGGGUCCUGAGUGAGAUCUCCAGGCAGGAAAAGGAAGAGUCGCUAUCACUGUCUGCUCUGAUCCAUCAGCUGGAAAUAAAGAAGGACGAGCUGUCCAGGAAGAUGAGACACAUUGAGGAGCUGUGUAACAUGGCGGAUCCAAUGACUGUCAUACAGGAACCAGACACAGGUGACUUGUGUGAUCCUGAGGAGGACGGAGGUGAUGAGGACACAGGGGGACAUGAUAAGACACAUGAUGGGGAUGAUCUGGAUGUGACUGUGAUCUCAGACACAUUCCACACAUUAUGUGACAUAAUAUCAGGUAUAAGGAUCUAUGGGGAGGGUCCUGCAGACAUAGUACUGGAUAUAAACACAGCUCAAAAUAAUCUCCUUAUAUCAGACGACCUGAAAACUGCAACCAAGACAGAAGAGAAGCAGAAUCGUCCAGAAAGGGUGAAGAGAUUCCAGUGUCCUCAGGUGAUGAGCAGAAGGAGAUUCUCCUCAGGACGACAUCACUGGGAUGUGGAGAUCAGUAGAUCAGUAUUUUGGAGUGUGGGGAUGAGUUAUCCCAGUAUAGACAGGAGGGGAGAUCAGUCACUUAUUGGAUAUAAUAACAUGUCCUGGGGUUUGUGGAGGUAUUAUGAGUAUUCAGUGAUACAUGACAGUAAACAGAUCCUGCUACCUGACGAUAUCUCCAGUAAUCGAUUCAGGAUCUGUGUGGAUUAUGAGGCCGGGCGGCUGUCCUUUUAUGAGUUGUGUGACCCCAUCAGACACUUACACACCUUCACCACUACCUUCACCGAGCCCCUUCAUGCUGCAUUAUAUGUAUUUGGUGGUUCUAUAAAGAUUAGGGGAGGUGGAAACUGGAAGAAACCAUCAUAACCUAAGAAACUGCUGAGAGAAACUGAGAUUCUGAUUGGUGGAUUAUUUAGCCAAUGGGAUGAAUGAGAAGGCGGGGCUACAGGUGAUGAUUCCUACAUGGCAGCCGUCCCUAUGACUAGAUGGUCUCUUUGAUUUACACAUUUCUACAUAUUUGGGCAUUCGGGUGUUUAGAGGAUUAUUUAUGCCUUAAUAAUAUUAACCCCUUAAUGACAGAGGACGUAAAUGUACGUCCUGGUGAGGUGGUACUUAAAGCACCAGGACGUACAUUUACGUCCUAAGCAUAACCGUGAGCAUAGGAGCGAUGCCCGGAUCAUGCACAGCAGGUCCCGGCUGCUGAUCGCAGCCAGGGACCUGCCUGUAAUGGCGGACAUCCGCGAUGUCCGCCAUUAACCCCUCAGAUGCCGUGAUAAUUACAGAUCACGGCAUCUGCAGCAUCGUGGUCACUAAAAUGCGCUGCCGCGGCGAUCCGAACUUCCAGCACGGCAGACGGAGGUCCCCUCACCUGGCUCCGCUGCCUUCCUGGCAUCUUCUGCUCUGAUCUGCCUUCCUGCAGACCAGAGCAGAAGAUGACCGAUAGUGCUGAUCAGUGCUGUGUCCUAUACAUAGCACUGAACAGUAUUAGCAAUCGAGUGAUUGCUAUAAAUUGUCCCCUAUGGGGACUAUUGAAGUGUAAAAAUAAAAGUGAAAAAAUAAAGUAACAAAAAUGUGAAAACCCCCCUCCCCCAAUAAAAACGUAAAUUGUCCCAUUUUCCCUAUGUCACCCCCAAAAAGUGUUAAAAAAAUAUUUUAUAUACAUAUUUGGUACUGCCACGUGCGUAAAUAUCUGAACUAUUAAAAUAAAAUUUUAAUGAUACUGUACUGUGAACGGCAUGAACGUAAAAAUAAAUAAAAGUCCAAAAUAGAUGGUUUUUUUUUAUAACAUUUUAUUCCCCCAGGAUACAAGAAAAAAACGGUGCGCACCUCGUGCAGGUAACCAAGAUAACUUUGUGUGUAGAUGGUUAGAGAAAUGGGCCAGCAGGGUGGUCCCUUACCUUACGGUGUUAUGCUCAGAGCAUAACACCUGUAGUCACUUAGAGAUUGGAGAGGGGUCGCGGCAUCCAGGUUCCUCUGGGCUCUGGGUAACAGGGUCCAGUACAUCAAUA